AUGGAGCAGGAGCAGCCUGAUGUGGAAUUACAACAUAUGGAGGAGCAGGAGCUUGAGGAGGAGCUGCAUGCUAUGGACGAGGAAAUGAAAGAUGGCGAGCCACGACGAAGGCGAAAGAAGAAGGAGAAGGUGGUGGAUCCUGAGCCACUGGAUGACUAUCCCGGUGGCCCACAUGAGACUGGCCUGCUGUGGAAGUACCAUGUGCACGUGGCCAGGAAGGCGGCUGAUGGCGUGUGGCGUGGAAAAUUAAAAUGCAUCAGCAACAGAAAGAAGAUAGAAGUGAUGCAUGAUGAAGAAAAUAAAUCUAUCAUGGCUGGACGGUGGUGGGAGAACAGAUUGCAUGCCACAGACCUUGGUUGGCUCCAGGAUACCAGCUACAUCAUGAUUGACCAUGAUCUAAUUUAUGCCUUUGUGGGGAGGUGGCACGAGGAGACUUCCAGCUUCCAGCUUCCAUUUGGGGAAAUGAAAGUCACACUUGAUGAUGUGGCCUCUUUGCUGCAUAUCCCCAUUGAUGGCAUGCUCCUGUCCCACGGGUCCAUAUCACGGGAUGAGGCGGUGGAAUGGAUGGAGUUGUACUUGGGAUCUAGUACGGGUGAUGCUCUUAAAGAGGUCGAAAAGACCAAAGGUGCACAUUGUCGAUUUGUCUACUUGGAGGAGAUAUUCAAGGAUCGUUUGAAGGAGAAGAGCGAUUUGGCGGCCGAGUAUGGUGUGACUGAGGAGGUGGAGAGUGACAAAAGCCAGUGGGCUGUGGAUGUUGUCUACCUGAAGUACUUCAGAGACCUUGAUCUUGUUGCUGGUUAUUCAUGGGGAGUUGUGGCACUAGCUCACUUGUAUAAGGAGCUCAACAAUACUACACGUUGGAACUGCAGUCAGGUGGCAGGAUAUCUGACUUCGUUGCAGGCUUGGGUGUUUCAUCACUUCCCAAGCACAGUGGACAACUACAGAAACUAUCUAGAUGCAUUGGAUUUGACGAGGGUUGUCAUGACCCAAUAUGGAGUGCACCGUCAUACACGUCAGUUUGAGCGGGUCGGCCUUUACUCUGGAUGGCUGAGAUGCGGAGAGCGCAUGGUGAGAUAUCUGCCGAAGAGGGUGUUUCGUCAGUUUGGGUGGUUUCAGACCAUACCGAGACAUCCCAUUGAGAGUGCACCUGUUGAUGUUAAUUUGGCGGAGAUCACAAACCGCUUUCGGCGUGCACUUGAUUAUGCGCUGACACCUCAGAUGUUGGGAGAGACUGCAAUUCAUGGUGUGGAGGCAGUAGAUGGAUACAUCGAGUGGUUUUACCAGGUGUCUCAUCCACACAUGAUUCUUCCAGACAUGCCGGUACCGGUACCAAGGCCACCAGAACGUGAGGUCCUUGAUGCGCGAGCUGCUCAGGAGGAUGGAGACCUUGGGUACUUACAACUUAGCGGAAAGAUGAGUCGCAUCAGAGACCACAUCUAUGUUGUGAUGAGAAGUGGUCUGGUGCCGAAAGGGACUGAGGAAUGA